AUGUUAACAAUUGCAGCAUUAUUUCAAGAAAUCAAAAGCCGUCAGGUUGAUUUUAUGAAGGCAUUCAAUGCUGGCAAUGCGAACACUGCAGCAGCUGUCUACGACCCGGACGGAUAUUUCAUGCCAAAUGGAAAAGAUCCAGUCAAGGGACGUGCUGGGAUUGAAGCGUAUUUCAAGCAGGAUAUGGCCGAAGGUGUCAAAAGUGUGCAGAUAAUAACUGAAGAAGUGAAUGGUAGCGGUGACUGGGCUUUCGAACGUGGAAGUUAUCAUCUGGAUGGGACUCGUGGAACUGAAACAGGUGCAUAUUUGUUGGUUUGGAAGAAGGUGAAUGGACAGUGGCUCAUUCAUAACGACUGCUUCAAUGUCAUCAAGCCUGCUCCACAAUGA